AUGAUGCUAUUCAGCACAUCACUAGCUGGACCAGAACUAGAUUGGGCGCAGCAUGAACCACCAUCUAGAAUCGAGUCAUGGAUCGAUUUUAGAGAUGCUUUCUUGGAAUGGUUUGCAAAGAAGCCACCUUUCAAAUCCAAGUACCACCACUACUCUCAUCAUCUGGAAGGAGAGCGUGAUGAAGAAGAAUGGGGAGGCACACCACCUAAUCAUCAAGAUCUAAUCAAGCAUGUAGAGAGGAAUCCUUUCUACAACUCUAUUUCAGAAUGUGCAAAGGAGCAUCUAUGCAACUUUGAGCAGCUUUGUCAUGACUAUGGACUUGGAGACAACCCCAAGAAGAUACAACUUUUCCAACUAUCACUAGCUGGACAAGCCAAGGAAUGGGCUAAGUUCAAAGGAGCUUUCCUCACAGAUUUGAAAGGUCCUGUUUAUGUCCCACCACCACGCCCAAGCUAUUCACAUCACCAUCCAUCAUCACCAGACAUAAACAAGACACCAUUUUUCCCAAGGGAGAGCUAUCAAGCUGCGCGCCAAACCAAGAUUGAAGAUAUGCUUCAAGAGUACUUGAGAAAUCAAGAAGAGAGUACAAAGAAGAUGGGAGAAGAAUCGAUUUCAUCCAUGAGAGCCUUGGAAACAAAUCUGAAGUCCUAUUCAAGCAAGUGA